AGGACAGGCUACAGGUUGCACGAGCUCGGCUCGACGCACGUUCAUACAAAACAUAAGAACAUAAUUUACUACGUUGAGCAAUUUUAGUCAUGAAGCGCAAAACGAAAGUGAAUUUAUUUGAGUAAUGAAGUUAAUUACUAAUUUGGCUACUGAAAGUUAAGUUACUUAUUCCUAAUAGCAAAGUACCGGUAACCUGACUUGACUACUUAAUUAGAGAUGGAGUACAUUCAUUGUGAUUUAGCCAUGGAAGUGGCAAAAUACCUCACACCGAAGGAUAUAUCCACCUGCUGUAGUGUUUCACUUCACUGGCGAGAAGUUUUUGGCAGCAAUGAGGUUUGGAAGCGACUGUGUGACUCGGAGAUAGAAGAAUACCUGAGGACAACUCCGUGUGUAGUGGAGCCAACAUUUAAACUCCCUCAACAUCUUGACACUUCACUACCUCCUCUGAGUGAAUGGAGAGCCGCCUUUCUACGAGAACAACAUUUGUGGACAAACUGGAAAAAGCGGAACUUCAAAACUGUGGAGUAUGAUUUGGGAAAUGAAAAUGAUAAGAAGACUUUUUCUUCAAAGCAUCAAUUUGUAACAAAUGAUUUGUUAAUAAGGUUUUUUACCAACUCGGUGGAACUGUGGGACGUAAGAGCGGAUUGUCAAGUUCUAAAGGAUACCAUAUCAUUCGGCAAAACUAAAUGGUACACUCCUACGGUCUUGAAGAAUGGGAUUGUCACCCUCAAAGGCCAUUAUGAUGAUAAUGGUUAUGAUCAUCACUUUAUAGAAAUUCUCAAGGUUAAUCAAAAUGAAAGUACUGUUAUCAUAAAAUGGCAUAUUGAACUAAAUGACAAAGAAUUGUCACUCAAACCAGGGUGCAGCGAGAACUCAGUUGUGGACAGUUUUUUUUCUGUAAGAAAUCUGAAAAUAGUCAUUACUCCAGGGGGGAAGUGCAUUGGAUACUUCCCUUUUACAGGUUCUGUUUGUAUCAAGAACUCCUUUUGUGUGUGGGAUCUAGAAACUGGAGUAGAACUCAGAAAAGAAUUCCCAUACCUACCACUUAAUGAAUUGAUAAUAAUAGGAUGUAAAUCUGUUUCAAAUCAAUGUGAAGAUGUGAUGGUCAUUGUCCCUUACUCAACUAGCACCCCAGAUAGUUCAGGACAUUAUUUGGGAACCUUAGAAUGUAAUGUUUACAAUGCAAAUAAGCUAAAAUUCUUACCAUUUAAGAAAAUGUUUACUCUUAUUUAUAGAGAGGAUUCAGAACCAGAAUGUUCUGGAGACAAUCUUUUUCCGUGUGUUAUAACUGAUGGUUUUUUAGCCUUUUCGGACUGUGGCCAUGAAGUCAAAGAGUUCAUAAGAAUUUUCAACUACCAAACUGGACACGAGCUGUAUAAACUAGAAACAAAUGGUUAUAAUACACGAAUGAUAGUGAUUGGGGAUACAUUCCUAUUUACUAAAAAAACAUCUUUACCAACAGAUUACACGCCGGGAACAAUAAACAGCAAUUUAUAUUUUCGAGAAGUUGAAGAGUUGCUCUUGUGCUCGGUUUUGCCAUCUGGAAGAGUUUGUGAAGAUAUAACAGGUAGUAGAUAUGUAGAAGAAUUUUUUGCCAAUGGAAGGACAGGAUUUGUUAGAAUUUCAUUUACCAAUGAAUUUUCUGAUGAAGUUUGCAGAUUUAACAAGUUUUUUAAUUUUGCUGUUCACUUUCCACAUGACGGAGAAGUUAAUCCUGCUUGCACUAAAGUAAUAACAUCACCAGUUAUGAGGAAAUCUAUUAACACAGUGCACAUCUCAUACGUUUGGUAGUUUUGUCUCUAUUUCAUGCAAUACAACAGGGUUGACUGGAUGUUGCAGCAAAACGUGUCCCUGCCUCCUAUUGAGAUACUAAGUACACAAAGGUUGCUAUAAACAGCAUGACUGGAUAUUGGAUUCAUAAUGUUAAUGGUGCUGUUUACUGGUUAUAGUAAACAGAGGCAGAGAUUAUAUGAGAGUCAGAUUUCCCCAAGAUUGUUACAUGUUUGGAUAAUUGUAUAGAAAUUAAUCUAACGGUACUCAUUUAUUUCCACUGUCAUGAAACGGUACCACAAUAUGUACAUAUUGUUAUCAACUUUAACGUUGUUCUUAAUCUAGUUUUUUGUAAGAUUCCUUGUUUUGUGCUACUUUGUAUUUGGUAUCAUUUCGUAUUCAAUUCAUACCAAAUAUUGAAAUAACAGUAAACACAAUAUGUGGUAAAAUCAAUACAGAAUUCUAAAUCCUUAAUAGAUUGUAAUUCUGUGCCAGGCAAAAAGGUUUGUAUUCUGUAUUCACACACCAAACUAUAAUAUACGGUAGACAUCUUUAUUUUUGUUGUAGUUUAACUUGUUAUGUAAUAAAGUAAUUUUG